GCAGCUCCAUAUCUGACAGCAGGCUAAUGCUGGCUGUCCUGCACACUUCCAUUCUGUUGCAGCCCCAGUGAGCUGGUGACCAAGGUAAGGCUUGUCCUAUCUACCACCUUCCUCCAUGCUGCCUGUGGAACAGUUGUGUCGGGAUCACCUUGCAGCAAGCUCCAUCAGCACGUGCUUCAGUGCAGAGGAUGUACCACUGGGAUCGUACUGCUAGACUGAUGCUCAGCAUAUGUGAACGCUCACAUCUAUCAUCCAAGUAGAUGACACGAGACGGCACGGUGUUGCCAGCCAGCCGGAGAUGACAAGACCAGUUACAAUAGUGCACACUAAUGGCAUGAGCCGAGAACUGCAUCCCCAGAGGAAGGUUACAUAACAGAACAGAAGUGAUUAGACAGAAUAGGGAGGACCAAUUUUCCCAGGAAACAAUUUGCACUUUUCAAAGAAAACCUUUCAGAAAAAGUGUGUUGUGAUGUGAAAACUAUUUGUAUAAGUUUUAAAGGGAACAAUGGUCGAUACAUAACUUCUGUUCACAUGGAAAUAUUACAGUUAUAAAAAAACUGUGCCUUUCGGACUCAGCUCCUGUCUUAAGUUUAAUCUGUGAACAGCGUUUUUCUUUAAGUUGCGAACUGAGACUUCAGGCGAGUCACUCUCAUCAUUACCAAGGAAUUAGAAGCUGAGGUGUGUGUGUAUUUGUUGCAUUGUUUAAUUGAUCUGCCGGCUGCAUCAGCAAACACGCGUCUAGACACUGCUUCUCUUGCUGUUGAACCCUCAAAACAAGAGCAGACGGACAAUUCAUAUCUGAUUUUCAUCUUCUACAGAGCACCAGAGACUCUUUCUCUCAACAUGACUGAACUUGAAGCUCUGGUAAAUAAUUAACCUGCAUAUUUCUUACAAAAGAAUUCAAAAGGAUUCAAAAGGAUUCAGUUUUGUGCACUACAGCUGAGUGAUUAAUCCAACUAUAUCAGGUUUAUCUUAUUCUCCGUCAAUUCUCUCCAAAACCCAGUGUGACUGUAAGUAAAUAUCUUGGUGUAGAUUAUUUACAAAGUGAUCCCGGAAAUCACAAGUGAAGUGAGAACAAAUGCCACCCCACACCUGAAUUAUUUGGCAUCUGCUUACACUAGUGUCCAACUCUGUGAUAUAUCUGACCAUAUGUCAGUGAUAUACCCUGGCCAGAGCGGCAGCCAGGAGGUCAGUAAUUAAACAACAUGGAGAUUACUCCAGUGAGUGUCUGCCUGUGCGAGGAGGAUGGGGACCAAGUGUGUAUACAGUGAGACACAUCUGACCCUGCUCUGUGGCCUCCUCCUCGUCAGCCAGGAGAGUAAACCAAUGUUAUAUGCACCUGACCACAUUCUUAACUCAGUGCACAACUUCAUUAUUUGCCUCGCGCUCAUGUGAGCGUUCCUGCUUGUGGAAUAGUGAAAAUUGGCGAGAGUUCAAACCUGCCGAUCAUGUAGCGGCAAUCAUCACUACUUCCUGUAAAGUUACGUCUGCCAGAUAAAAUGACCUGGAUACCUAUACACCUAUGCUUGCUCCUGGUAGCUUGUUAUUCCUCCCUAGCUGUUGCCUUCACUCUGAAGCAAGAUGUAGAGGCAGACGGACAGACACAAGGUGCGAGGGGGCUCCAUAGGAUAAGGAGCAGCGACCAUGAAGAGAAGAGGCUUCCUAUAGUACAGGAUAAUGACUCACAACACAGGCAGGCUGCCCAUAAUCAACAAACUUCACAACAAGUCCACAACAGGGAAGUUAAAUCCAAACAUAGACUCCGGUCUGAUUGGGACUUCACUCCCACUGACUACAGGGAAGACAAGUUCGAAAACAGCCGGAGGGUUUUAAGAGCUGAAAAUUCUAUAUAUCAAGAUGAAGAAAAUGAAAUAGGGCAUUCUGAAGCUUUGUCCCAGGACGUCCAGCGAAGUGAUAUCUUGUCUAGUGUACCUAAGAUGGUGGUUGUAGUCUCUACCACAGUAGCAGCUUUCUUUGGUAUGUGUGUGAUGGCAGCCAUAUUUCAGUGUUGCUGUCGUAAGAAGCGCACAACAUCAGAGUCAGAGGAUGCAGAUGCUAUAAAAACUGAGAAAGAAGAAAAACAGAAGUCUAAAACUCCCUCCCCGGAAAAGGAUACCCCAAAACCUGAGGAGUUGGAAGAAAAAACUGAAAAUGACAAAUUGCUGGAAGAUGAUGAUUUGGGGGAUUUCUCUGUUGUCAUGAGAGAAACGGAGAUACUGAAGUCUUUCAGAAAACCUCCACCUCCCAAGAACCGAGCCAGGGCAAGUCGGGCUCCCCGCAUGAAGGCCGCAGCUUCCAAGGAAGAUGGCUUCUCAUUGAUAAAGGAGGAGGGUGAAGGCAGUAUUAAAAGCAAAUCAGGAUCUCAGCGCAGUUCGCCCGAGAAAAAGGACAGCAAGGAUGAACUCUGUGAACCAACAAAGGAGGAGAAGCGUAAUUCAUUUGAGGCCGCCAAACUUAUAGUGGACAGCAUGUUUGCUGAGGUGAAGGACAAAAGGGAGACAACUCCUGUAGUGGUUGAGCCAGAAGAGCCAUCCAAGGAGGUGCCAGAAGAGGCGAGUAAGGCGAAGAGCGUUCAGUCUAAUGGAGGAAAUAUAUUUAUGCAAAUAGAUCCGACUGUGAAAAUAGAAGAUCCGAGUGAGAAGAAGACGAGUAGAAUACCCGUCAGAUCUUCGCCCCAGUCCUCCCCUCCCUCAUCCUCCAAAGAAGGGGCCAGUCUCAGGCCAAGCAGCGCCAACAAGGACCAGAGGAAGUUCCUGGUUCCUUCAGUGCAUGGAGAACAGAUGGACCAACUUGUUAAAUCUCUGAAAACGAGGUUAAAAGAAGACAAGCCCCCAACUUGCCAGAGUGCUCGGAACCUGGCCACAAACAAGGUGGUUCCCUCAGGGAGUGAAGAUGAUGUGGAACCUCUUAGUCGAGAACGAUCUCAUUCUGACCCUACGAAGAAUCUCCUUGGCGUGAAGCAGACGCACGUCUGACGUCCUGGAGGAUCUCCAAGUGCCCAUAGACUACUCCUGUCAAUGUCGCUGUAGACAUAUCAUUGUGAUAUCCAGUGCCUUGAGAACAAUCAUGCGACACAACAAAGAUCUCAGACAUACGUCUGGAUCGGAAACAAUACUGUCUGGACUGCCCACUUUCAUUUAUAAAAUCUAAACCUUGAUAGGUACACAACAUAUCAUGCAGGCAUAUCUACUUGCAGAUCAAUGGAAGAGAGUGUCAAUGUAAAACUUCCAAACCAGGACCAGGUUUCACAAAGCAGUCUUAGUACUACAACUGUCGUAAUGUCAAAAUAUAGAGUAACGACUGAAAUAACAGCAAGGUCGCUUUGAAGGUAACACAAAGAAGCUUCUGGGUCUAUGUUGCAAUGCAAUCAUACUUCUACGUCUGCUUCCACGUCUGCUGUUGCUGUAGGAGGCAGAUUCAAACAAGCCAUGGUUUGAAAGGCACAACACCUAGUUCCACAUAAAAAGACAAUAUCAACUUUGGCGACCAUGUUUGGGUAUUAUUAGUGCUACAACUGUCGUAAGUCAUAAGUAUGAGUUACGUCAGUCAUAGCUCCAUAUGGCUUACGAAACUGAUCUAACCUGGAAACGCCUUGCAAGUCACAAUAUAGUUUUAGUAAAUAUAAUUCAUGUUGGCGAUAUUUUUUUGAAGAUCAUAGUGUUACAGCUUAGCGUUUAUAUGAAAGUAUGAGUUACGACAGUGGUAGCAGUAAGACUGUUUUACGAAACUGGUCCAACCUCAAAUAUUUUGUAUCCUGUAGCGUCAAAUUGAAUGGAUAAUUUAGUUGGUGAGAACGUCUGAAAGCAUGUAGAGUAGUCUCAUAGAUCUGUAGCCAUGAAUCAAGCGUCCAAUGAAACUGGUGGCCAAACACUCACUCAGGCACACGUUAAGCAUUAUUGGGGUGAGAGUAGGCAGAUGAAAUGGUAGGGCCACCUUACUGUAACGCCACUGUUGACAUCAUAUAUACCCAUUGUUACCAUGGUUACUUGAGUUAAUUGUGUUAAGUUUGUAUGUUUGUUUUUUUGCUCAUCAAAUCAUUUCCUGCUGCCUGAAAUAUUGGGGCCUAGUCAGCACUGAUAUCCUGUUAACGCAAACCGCUGCUGUAAAGGGAGAUAACUGGUGGUAUUGUCAAACUAUGUUGAAACCAUACUUCUUCUGUAUUAUAGUUGGCAGAGAAGGAUAUAAAUAUACUAAAAUCUUUGAAAUGAAAACAUCUCACUAUGAGAUCAGUCUAAAAAUUAUAAGCAUGCAUUUGACCCAUGAAUAAAAUAUCCUUGGCUGUUUAUAAUCCCCAACACAACUCAACUCAGAAUUUGGUUGUUUUCUUUUGUCGAAAUAUAGAAGUGCUAUUAACAACUGUGUUAAUCUGUUUUGAAACAUGUUGAUAUCAGUGAUGUGAUCUACAGUGCUGUACGAGACUUACAUGAUUGACACCUGUCAAAAUAUUCUGGCUAAUAAUGCAUGCACACUUGACACAAAUCUAUUUCUUAAAUUCAUUACAGAAUCUAGUGUUUCAUAAAAUUAUGAUACGAAAAACCCAACAAUGUCACAAAUUCAGAUUAAAAAUACACAUUAGUCAGGAAGUCUGGAUACUCUGACAAGACAUAAACGUGUCUUGGUGCAUCAUGAAAUAUCUGAUUUGAUCUCAAGAGUCACCAUUUGUCGUACACACGUCCUCUCAUCUACGCGUCAUGAAGCCACUGUGUAAUACUCCUGCGUGAGUUGCAGUCCUAACCUAUGCAAGACAUAGCUGACAGGUCACAUGACUUCCGACUUAGUCCACCGCUAUCAAUGUGAUGUACAUAGAGUUGUUUCCCUUUCUUGGUUGACAGGAUGUUUUGCUUGUUAUUUGCAAGUAGGUCAACUACUUAAGCUUGUACAGAAUAUGGUGUAUUUUUUAAACCAUUAUAAUGGUGCCUUACCAACUGAAUAAACUUGGUUAACUGAAA